AUGCUCAUCCUCAUUGCAGCCCUGAUGCUGGACGACCUCAUCAGGAACGUGUUUGUCACUCCGACACUGCUGCGUGUCAUCCGAGUCUUCCGCAUCGGCCGCGUUCUCCGUCUCAUCAAGGCUGCGAAGGGCAUCCGCAAGCUGCUGUUCGCCCUCAUCAUCUCGCUGCCGGCGCUCUUCAACAUCGGCGCACUGCUAUUUUUGAUAAUGUUCAUCUACGCGAUCAUCGGCAUGACGUCAUUCGGCAAUCUUCGGCUCGGCGGCGCGCUCAACGAGGUCGUGAACUUCCAGACGUUCGGCAACAGCAUGGUGCUGCUGUUCCGUUUGUGCACGUCGGCCGGAUGGAACGACGUGCUCGAGCCGCUGCUGAGGACGCCCGGAUGCGAUCCGGAUUUCUCCGGACUGCCGACGUACGAGGCGGGCGGAUGCGGAUCGCCGUGGCUUGCCGUGCCGUAUCUCACGUCGUACAUCCUCAUUGCCUUCAUGAUCAUCAUUAACAUGUACAUCGCCAUCAUACUCGAGAACUUCAACCUCGCGCAUGCGCAAGAGGAGGUCGGCAUCACCGAGGACGACAUCGACAUGUUCUACGCGCACUGGUCACGCUUCGACCAGAACGCGACGCAGCUGAUCAACUUCAGCGAACUGUCAGACUUCGUAGCCGGCCUCGAUCCGCCCUUCUGCAUCCCGAAACCGAACAACAUCGCGCUGACGUCUUUCAACCUGCCGAUCGUCGAGGGCGACAAGCUGCACUGUCUCGACGUCAUACGCGCGCUGACGAAGUUUGCGAUGAGCGACGUUGAGGAGACGGCCGAGUUCGCGAUGCUGCAGUCCAACAUCGAGGACAAGUUCAAGGAAGCGUUCCCGACUCGUAGGAAGAUCAUCAUCGUCUCGUCGACGAUGGACCGCAAGCGCGAGGACCGCGCUGCCAAGUCGAUCCAGCACGCGUGGCGACGGUGGCGCUCGCGCGACGAGGCGGCCAACUCGACUCCGUCAAUCAACGCGCUCGCGGCCGCCGCGACGCCGUCGCUCUUCCGCAAGGCGGCGAUGAAGCGAUUCCUGCGCACGCCCACUUCGCAGCGCCGCAGCCGCUCGCCCUCGCCCAGCCGGCGGCAGGGCCUCUCACGCAACGACAGCAGCCGCACGGCGUCGCAGCGAUCGCUCGCCGUGCCCGUCAGCACCGUGUAG